UCGAGGUCGUACGACGUCGAGUUAAUCGAUGAACAGUUGAGGCAGUUGCAGGCGCAGCGCGCGAGUGGGAACGUGGAAGAGAUGAUGUUCUUGCUCAGAGCUGAUAUUUUGAGGAAUUUGGGAUCGUUGCAGAGCGAUUGUAAGGUGCGGUUUUCGAAAUCGAACGCCGAGCCGCCGGCGGUGCCUCGGGCGGUGCGCCAGUACAUGGCCGAGCUGAAAAGUCAGCUGUUUAGCAUCGCUCAGGACGAAACGGUGACGAUUCAGGAAAAGCUGGUGUUUUUGCAAGAGACGAGACAUUGUUUCGGGCGCACGGCGCUGAUGAUGAGCGGAGGAGGGACGCUCGGAACGUUUCACGUCGGCGUCGCGCGCGCGUUGAAUCGGAAACAUUUGCUCCCGCGCGUGCUCGCCGGAUCGUCUGUCGGCUCCAUCAUCGCCGCCAUUAUCGGCAGUCGCACGCAGGAAGAGCUCGAUGAGUUCUUCAGCGAAGAGCACUUUUGGGAUUUGCUCCCAGACUUGACGUUCUUCAGCGGCAACGAUUCGAUGAGCGCGAUGAAGCACUACUUGCGCACCGGGGCGUUGCACGACAUUGACUUUUUCCAGCGCUGUCUCCGCGCGUUACUCGGCGACUUGACUUUUCAAGAGGCAUACGAUCGAAGUGGAGGCAGAAUACUGAGUGUGUGUGUGUGUGCAACGACGACUGGGGAAAAACCGAGACUGUUAAACUAUCUCACGUCGCCGCACGUCGUGCUUUGGUCAGCCGUCGCGGCGUCGUGCGCGUUUCCCUCGUUGUUCCCGCCGCAGCCAUUGUUGGCAAAAUCUCGCAGCGGCGCCUUCGUGCCGUGGCUCCCAGAAGGAAAACUCGGACCGCGACGCUGGCGCGAUGGUAGUCUCGAGGCGGAUCUGCCCAUGGACAACUUGCGCGAACUCUUCAACUGCAAUUACUUCAUCGUGUCGCAGACGAAUCCGCACAUCGUCCCUCUGUUGCGAGUGAAAAGGUGGUUUACAUCGCGCGGAAGCGCGCUGGCCCUCUGGGCGUACUUCAUCGAGAGCGAGUGGAAACAUCGCUGUCGACAAGUGUUGGAUUUGAUUCCGGGCGUCGACGUCUUCGAUGUCUUCAAACUCUUCGGUCAACAGUGGGAGGGCGACGCCACGGCGGUGAUGUGGUACACGUGGAAGCAAUUUUCACACAUCGCCAGCAAUCCCACGCGCGAGUUCUUGUUCGAAACCGCGACGAUGGGCGAGAAAGAAAUCUGGCCGCAACUCGCCGCCAUCGAGCACGCGUGCGGGAUCGAACUCGUCCUC